AUGGCUGAGGAAAAGAAGGCAGAGGAGGCACCGACUACUGAACAAAGUGUGGACAUGCAACCACCAUCGGUAAAGGAACAUCACGUUGAAAGUCAACUACCACUGGUCACUUCAACACCACAGAAGGAACAAACAAAGUCAGGGAAAGAGAAACCUGAGGAAAAGUCAGUAGAGAAAAAGGAGAAAGAGGAGAAGAUAGAUAAUAAGGAUCAAGAGAAGAAGAAUAAAACCUUGAUCGAUGAUGGUGAUGAGGACUCUGUGAGUAUUAAAGGUCCUAUAGAUAUGGACAAUCUAAGUUCUUUUGAGUUAAUAGAGAUUGAUACUUCUAUGCAAUCCCACACACAUAAGAAGAGGUUGAAAGAGUAG